GGCGUUUUGUUGGCGUUUUGUCAUUUGUUUUAUGCUCAUACUCCCGCCAUCCCGAGCCCUGUAGUGACGUCUCCGUGAAGCCGGUAAAUCAGUCACGGUAUGGUCAGCAGCUUUAGUCGAAUCCCUAGAUCAGCCACCACGGAUCGGUUACAUAUCCAUUGUGUCCAGGAUGUUGCUAUAACCUUCAAUGAAUUUCCGGAAAACCAUUCUGAGGACAGUCAGCGUGGUGCUGUCCAGUUUCGGGAUUCUCCUGAGUGUGCUAGCUAUCUUCAUUCAAACACUACUCCCAUCACAUUGGCAAUGGGCUUGGUCGAAACCACCCCCAUACGCCGGUGGAAAAUCACGAAGGACAAUAAUAGCUCGUCGCGUCAAGCGACCCGUUCCCAGGCCAGUUGCUUCGCCGACUUCAUCUUUUCUACGAUCGACCAGGUCACAUGAAACCAUACGCAGCAGCAUGGUUGAUAGGGCGGUACCACAAAGCCAUGCGCAUGUAGAUUUACCAGCCUCCCUGAUGCCUGCAACGAAAUUGCCCAUUCAACGAUCUAGUCACGGUGAAGUCUCGAAAGCCCACAGAAUUUUCAAGAGACAUACCCUUCCAGCCUCCCUGUUUGUUAAUUCGUGUCGGACAAUAGCUUCGCUAAAGCAAAGAUCGACGCACCUCAAAGGCAGAAAUUCUACGGGGUCAUUUUCUAGUUCUGUGAAAAUCCCAGACCCACCAUUACGGACACAGCCUUACGCAGCGCCAUACUUUUUUCCAGUACCUGGGACACUGGAAGCCAUUGAUUAUGUGGCGAAGACGCGAGAAGAGCUUCUGCGGCCUUCUGAAUUCAUGCAAGCCAACACGAGGAAUAAGAGAACCUAAGGAUGUAUGUAGUUGAUAAUAAAAGUCUUGAUAAGAUAAGAUAAUGAAUUGAAUAAUUUGGUCGUUCCGGAGAUUCCC